AUGACGAGCAGCAGUGGACCUCGCAUUAUGGAGGUUCUGUCGCGACCUCCGAUACACGACCUCAUAUUCGGCCAGCUUUCGCCGGCAGGCCUGGUUCGAUUCUCUCGCACCUGCAAGCUCGCCCAGGCUGGCGUUCAGUCGUUCUAUAACCGUGCAUUCAACAUCAACAGGCAUCUAUCCCGAUUCUUCAAAGACCCGAUUGCUUUUCGCUCACUGCAGGCUCGCACCGCAACACUGAUUUCUGGUUCCAGCGCGCUGCAGUUCCUUGACCGCACCUUCUACCCAGACAGCGACCUCGACCUUUAUGUCCAUCCUGGAUUCGCUAGGGAGAUCGGGCGAUGGCUGAUCGAUCAUGAGGGGUAUGAGUAUAAACCAUACGAGUCCCAGAAUGCGGACUUCGACACGCAGGACGAGGUGAUCAUGAAGGCCAUGCGAGACGCCGGCCUGGCACCUGGACAGCGUACCUUUAGCGAGGAUUUACAUCCCUUUAUGAACCAGAUGUACAGGAUCCCGGGCGUCGAAACUGUGUUUAGCUUUGAGAGACUGAAUCCGAACGCAGGGGAGGACCCGCUGAAGGUUCAGAUCAUUCUGGCUAGCCAGACGCCCUUGCAAUGUAUAUUAGGUUUCCAUUCGACUAUUGUUAUGAAUCUGAUCACGUACAACGCUGCCUACGCGCUAUAUCCUGACGCUACCUUUGAGAAGCGGCGCGCCAUAGUUAUGGGAAGGAUGCGAGCGGAGCGCGACAUUCAAGCUCUGCAGAAGUAUAUGCGGCGCGGCUGGAAGUUCCAAGCGACUGUACCCGACGUCCCAAUACCUGACUACUUCCGUAUGACCAUGGACCGAAGCGUGCUCGACUCCUACACAUGGUCCAUCCCUCUCUCUCUGGAAGGCGUCGAGCCGCCUCGCCCGCUCUCCCUCACGUCCGACCCUCUAACGUGGGAUCCCGUGAUAUUCAGCAGCUUCCGGCUGCAGCGCCAACACAAGGAUGACCUGAUGUAUAUGUGGUAUGAGCUCGUGAGCUCCACUGUUUUGAGAUUCAAGUACCUCACUGCGAGUGAGGACUUCCUGGAGAUCCUGCGAAAUUUCUUCAUCGCCCAAGGAGUCUUGAUGCAUAUGCGCGUGGACGACGAGCAGGGGCCGGCCCAUUUAAUUGGAAGUGAAUACUGGGCCUGGUGCGGCGCCCAUCUUACGUUGUAA